AUGAUCAAAUAUUCGCCAAAUCAGGCUUAUUGUACAAUAGCUGAAUUUGAUCCAAAAAUUAAAAGAAAAUAUGUAUGUGUAGAACAAACAGAUAAUCCAUACUGUUUGAAAAUAUCUUCAGUACAGGUUAGCCAAACCAACUUUUAUCAUUUUCACCUGACAAUUCGUGUUCUCGGGCAAUUAAAUCUUGACUUGAAAAAGAAUGUAACUGUGGAUCUGUUAGAUGACGAGAAUCUAAGUGUCUGGCGUGAUAAAGCUGCAUUCUUAGUUACUGAUUCACAGCAUCUUUGCGAAUUGACUGCAUUCGUACAGGAAUUUUUAAAAACGCUUCACACCACAAAAGGUGACUAUGUUUUAAAAUUUGCUUACAUCAAAAAAAGAUUGGUUUCUAUUUAUGUUGCUGAAGAUUCUGAAGAUUUUAUUGUGGGCUACUUGGUUGCAAAAGAAGACCGCGUUUUGGCACUGUACAGUGAUUCAGAAGAAAUUGCACAUACGUUAAUGGAAAAAUACUUAAAUGGUUUAAUCCGUAAAAAGGUGACCAUAUGCACACGGUUAGGUAGCUGGCAAGUCGAAAAAUCACCAAGUACCCACGUUCAGCGCAUUUAUCGCAGACACACUCGAACAAUACCCAGCAACAUUAAUUGGAACAAGGUUUAUGCUCUCAAUGUUGGAUUGCACAUCAUUUGA